AUGCUUCAUUUGAAUGAGCCCAUUGUGGAUAAUGGUUCAGAUAUACAAGCGGAGUUAACAUGGAAGGUACUGAUUCUGGAUAGUAGGAGUACUGCAAUUGUUUCUUCUGUUCUGCGAGUUAAUGACCUGCUUUCUUCUGGCAUCACUAUGCAUAGCAAUAUCAGAUCCAAGAGAGCGGCUUUGCCAGAUGUUCCUGUCAUUUACUUUGUUGAACCUAAUGCGGAAAAUAUCAACUUUAUCAUUGAUGACUUGGAAAGAGAUCAGUACGCUCAUUUUUAUAUCAACUUCACUUCCAGUCUAAAUAGAGAUCUUUUGGAGGAGUUUGCUAAGAAAGUGGCUACGAUUGGUAAGUCCUACAAGAUUAAACAGGUUUAUGAUCAGUACCUCGAUUACAUUGUCACUGAACCCAACCUGUUCUCUUUGGACUUGGUUAACAUUUACUCGCAGCUAAAUAACCCUAACUCACUGGAAGAUGAAAUCAAUAAAGUUGCUGACAAGAUUUCCAAUGGUAUAUUCGCAGCAAUCCUAACUAUGAAUGGGAUCCCUACUAUUAGAUGUUGCAGAGGAGGUCCAGCAGAACUAAUAGCGUCCAAACUAGAUCAGAAGCUACGUGAUCAUGUUAUCAAUACAAAGUCAUCUGCCUCUUUCACUAACAGUAAAUUAGUGCUUAUCCUGCUGGAUAGAAACAUUGAUUUGGCUUCCAUGUUUGCUCAUUCAUGGAUUUAUCAAUGUAUGGUGAGUGAUGUUUUUGAGUUGAAAAGAAAUACAAUCAAAAUUCCCUCUCAAAAGCCCAAUGAAUCUACGAAAGAAUAUGAUAUCGACCCAAAGGAUUUUUUUUGGGCAGCCAACAACAGUUUGCCCUUCCCUGAUGCUGUAGAAAAUGUGGAGAACGAACUUUCUAGAUACAAAGCGGAUGCUGCAGAGCUAACUAGAAAGACUGGGGUUUCUUCUCUUCAAGAUAUUGAUCCCAAUGCAAUUACUGACACCACAGAUAUACAGCUUGCUGUGAAGUCUUUACCUGAAUUGGCUUUUAGAAAAAGCAUCCUUGAUAUGCAUAUGAAAGUACUUGCGUCUUUGCUGCAAGAACUGGAAUCAAAGUCAUUGGAUUCAUACUUUGAAAUUGAACAAAACUACAAAGAUCCCAAAAACCAGAAGCAGUUUAUCAGUAUCCUCAACAACGGGAAUGAGCAUACCUUGAACGACAAACUGAGAACCUACAUCAUGUUGUAUCUGUUAACAGAUCUCCCAGGGUCGUUCGUUGAAGAAUGUGAAGAGUAUUUCAAAAAGAAUUCCGCUGAGCUUGGUUCGUUGAGUUAUAUCAAGCGGGCAAAAGAGGUGAUCAAGUUGUCUAAUUAUGAGUUGUCCAUGUCAAUUGAUGCUAGCCACUCGACCACUAGUGGAUUGGUGAAUGAAGCUCAAAAGUCUGCUUUGUUCCAAGGAUUGUCGUCCAAGCUAUAUGGAUUAACAGAUGGUGGUAGUAGGCUUACAGAGGGGGUGGGGUCAUUAAUUACUGGGUUGAAAAACUUGCUACCCGACAAGAAACAACUGCCUAUUACCAAUAUUGUUGAAUCGAUAAUGGAACCAAGUCUGGCCACUCAAGAGUCGAUAAAACUAACGGACGAUUACCUAUAUUUUGACCCUAUUAGCACAAGAGGAGUUCACUCCAAACCACCCAAAAGACAGCAAUACAACAAUUCUAUUGUGUUUGUUGUAGGAGGGGGCAACUAUUUGGAGUACCAAAAUUUGCAAGAAUGGGUUACGAAGACCAAUACUAGCAACGUCAAUGGCACUAAGUCUGUAAUCUACGGUAGUACCAGUAUCGUGACCGCGAACGAGUUCUUGAAGGAGUGCUCCUUGCUCGGUGCCGAAGCAAAAUAA